AUGGUUCCCAUAGUAGACGAAGUCGAGGAUUUCCUCCAGUCUCUUGAGCAUUACCUCCACAGUGUCUUCCCUGAUCCCUCGCCUUUACUCCCAAACAUACGUGAGGCUGUAAACAGGUUAUGGAUCGACCUCGCUCGCUUUGGCCCUCCAGGUAUCCAGAACUUCCCUGACAUUCAUAUGCCAAGCCUUGGUGCUUUCGAAGUUCCCCCACCACCCCCUCCUCCUCCACCAAAAUCUCUCCUCGAUAAGACUGGAGAUUGGGCUGCCUCGCAUCCAUGGCUCUCUUCUGGGCUAAUCGCCACUGCUCUGGGCGCUGGUUUGCUCGUUGGGUACAGUAAAGUCUACAUCAAGUAUGCAAACAUGAGGCAUGCACGGUUCGCUGCCACUUCCAUAGAUAGGAGACAGGUCGUCGUUGUCCUCGGCGGUGACCACCCUCUCGGCCUGCCCCUUAUCAUGGACCUUGAGCAGAAAGGCUACAUCGUUAUCGUCAGUGUAUCCAACCCAGACGUUGUUGACGAAAUCGAGAGCAAAGGCCACGGUUAUGUCCGUGCACUCGUCCUUGAUCCUUACGAGCCCGGAACCAUCCCUAUCUUCCUUCGUUCUCUUGCUUCCUCUUUAUCUCGCCGUUUCCCCAUCACAGCGGCUGGUGACCCACACGCUCCCUCUACCUCACAUCCUCUCCUCCACUCCGUAGUCUCUCUCCUUACUCUCCCCACUCCCUCGAUCCACACAAACCCCGCUCCACUCGAACAGCUCUCCCUCCGCUCAACUUAUCUCCCCCAUCUCUUCGCCACUCACGUCGCCCCCCUCCAAGCCAUUCAAGCCAUCCUUCCCCUCCUUCGCGCAGAUGCAUCCAGACCUCACGCCACAAUCGACCGCAAAUCCGUUAUCAUCUGUCUCCCAGCAGCAGACGCCCGUGUCGGCGUCCCUUUCUCAUCUGUUCGUGCUAUGAGCGCAGCUGCAACCCUUCGCGCUGCAGAAGUACUUCGACGUGAAUCUGCGCUCGCUUUGUCCGCCAGUGCACGAGCAAUCCGCAUCGUUACCGUCGACGUUGGCACAGUCGGGCCUUCCCCCUCUGCACAGCAACAGCCUCACAGGCCGCUCCAUGCCAUGAGCGGCUGGACGCCGAGCGAGAAGACCACUUACGGCCCCGCAUUCUCUGCACUCCUUGCUGAGGGUGCCUACGGUGUGCCGAGGUGUCCGACAGAAACGAGCGUGUUUGUAGACGCGAUCAUUCGUGUCGUAGGUAUCGAUAAUAGGAGGGAAGGUCGCUCGCCCGUCAUUGCUCUUGGCCUUGGAAUCGUCGACAAGAUCAGAGAUUGGAUCCGCGGAGACCGUUUCUCGGUCGGUGCAGGAGCGGGUACAUACGCAUUUGCCUCUCACUUUCCUCCCGCGAUUCUCGAUGCCCUGCUCAACAUCCCGAACCUCCUUAUAGGACUGCGCAACCGUCUUUUGCCUGUCCCACCCCCUCUUGUUCAACCAUAUGCCCCUCCUGAACGCCCCUCGUCCUCGGCACUCAUAGCUUCCACCGUCAUACCUGCCAACAUCCCUAUCCAGGCCGAGGUGCUGCAAGCAAAAACUGCUCCCCCUCCUAUUGUCUCUACUCCGGUUGCAGUUGCAAGCGAGCCCGAGCACGAAGAAGUCGUUCAUAAUUUCUCCGAAACAAGCUCAGAAGCAGACGUCGAAAGUAGUGCAGGGGAUGUUGAAAGCAGCUGGGUGAGCUUGGGACCCCGCCCUGGGCAAUCUGUCGCCUCUCUCGAGUGA